UUUAAUAUUUUAAAUAUGCUCUCAAGGAAUAUUUUUAAAGCCUACAAUGGAAAUGUGAUGCACAGAAUCCCUUCCCGGACAUUCUCCAAGCUGAAUGAAGGAAACACCCUAAAAUCAGGCUCGCUGUUUGAGAAAGUUGUGCACAAGUUAAGACAUCAAGGGCCUGGCUACACGACUGCAAUAACUUUGAUGUUCGGAGUCUCAUUUGCUUCACUAUAUUUUGGGAAAUCUGUCAGCAAUGAGCAGUAUAGAUGUGGUUUAGCAGGGAUAACUUCAACACUUGUUGUUGAAGUUAGUACUCACUGAAUUAGCACUCUUGAUGUCCAUGCGAAGACGACCAAAAACUUCAGUAUAAAGCAAUUUCUGAAGUCAAACCCAGUAGAAUCUCUGUUUAAAGGAUUUCAGCCUAUGAUUUACGGCUACGUGGUGAGCUCUUUCUUCUAUUACUCCUUGUACAAGGCUAUUAAGGAAGGCAUCAAGAGCUUCCUUAGGAAGUACGAUUAUGAUGAGAAAAGUCUCACCUCUAUAGCCAUCAUGAGUGCAGGCUCAAGCGCAGCUUGUGAAACUAUUGCUAUUAUUUUCUAUUAUCCAUUUGAUCUGAUUAAGGCCAGAAUGCAGAGAAGCUCUGUGUAUAACUACAAAAACACUACCGAUGGAUUCUACCAGAUCUUUAAGGAACAGAAGGGUGGGCUGAUAUCCUCGCUUUAUAAGGGAGCUGGGAUCUUUACCUUCUCGUUCGGUCUCUACACUGUUUUUGAAUUUAUGUUUUACGAAACAAUACUCGCAGCAAUUACGAAGUACACAAAGGGAGAAGAGCAGGAGAGCUCAGAGGGACUCGAAGACUCUCAUCAUGCAAAGAAGAGGAACUUAUUCCAUAUCCUGAUCAGCUCUUUUAUUGCGGGUGGCCUUUCAGCCACUCUGCUAAACCCUUUCGAGUAUUGGCUUGCUAGGGCUCAGAAUUCUGAGAAGAGUGUCAGACAGAUUAUAUGGGAGACUAAGAGCAUCAGGUCUCUCUGGAGAGGAGCACACUUCUCGAUCGUAUACUAUGCCUGUACCGCUUCGUUCCUGUUCAUAACACUUGAGAAGACAUGUGAAUUGCUUGAUUGCUCGAUAAGUGAGGCAGAAUAAGAAAUCUGUUGAAUUAUGUGACUAUAAAUUUUUAUUCAAUUUUGCAAC